AAACUGCCUUUUUCAAAGCUCAACAUGAAGGUUUGCUGUAACUAACGCAAAUAUCUUGAAAAUGUUUUUUUAGACAGAAAUAAACGUUUUGCAGCAAAACCCUAGACAGCAGAAAAAGGUGUGCGCAGCUUCCGUGCGUGAGGUUUCAGUUGAGACUCGAUGUUACCCGGUCAUUUACGUUUUUAAAUAGUAUGUCUUUACAGUAAGACCUCCCCGCUACAUUCAGGCUCAUAUACACACACACCUCUGUGCGAGAGAAAGCCGCAGUCGUUGCGUCACAGAGGACGCGUAACGGAACUGCCUGAGUCUGACCGGAGGAGGAGACAGACCGGGUUAACGGGGACAGAGCAGAGACAGCAGGACCACCUCUCACCGGAUACUUCCUGCGCACAGAAGGCCUGAAACUAUUGAUUCCUGCACAGUGUUGACACAGAAGACCAAAUAUAGAAAUGGUGUUCAGAGGCACAGUAACAGAUGCUCCGGACUUUGAUCCCGUCGUUGAUGCUGAGGCACUUUACAAUGCUAUGAAAGGCAUCGGUAGUGAUAAAGAGGCCAUAUUAGACCUGGUCACCUCAAGAAGCAAUGCACAGAGGCAGGAAGUCAUUGCAGCGUACAAAUGCAGCUUUGGAAAGGACCUGAUUGAGGAUCUGAAGUAUGAGCUGACAGGCAAAUUUGAGCGUCUUAUUGUCAGUCUGAUGAGAACCUCAGCUUACCAUGAUGCCAAAGAAAUCCAUGAUGCAGUCAAAGGAGCUGGAACAAACGAGAGAUGCCUUAUUGAAGUCAUGGCAUCUAGAAACAACAGAGAGACGCAUGAGAUGGUUGCAGCAUACAAGGAUGCUUAUGGCAGAGACAUUGAGGAGGAUAUAAUCGCGGACACCUCAGGUCACUUUAAGAAGAUGCUGAUUGUUUUACUUCAGGGGUCCAGAGAUGAGUCAGGAGUGGUGGACGCAGACCUCGUGGAGCAGGAUGCACAAGAUCUGUAUGCGGCCGGAGAAGAGCAGUGGGGGACAGACGAGGCCAAAUUCAUCAUGAUCCUGGGAAACCGCAGUGUGACCCACCUCCACAUGGUUUUUGAUGCCUACGAGAAGAUUGCAGAGAUUCCCAUAGAGGACAGCAUAAAGCAUGAGUUGUCUGGAGACUUUGAGAGGCUGAUGCUGGCUGUUGUCCACUGCAUAAGGAGUGUUCCCAUGUUCUAUGCCAAGCGCCUUUACAAGUCAAUGAAGGGUCUCGGUACAACUGACAACACCCUGAUCAGGAUCAUGAUUUCUCGCUCUGAAAUAGACAUGUUGGACAUUCGAGAGUGUUUCCGUUUAUUAUAUGAGAAGUCCCUUUAUAACAUGAUUAAGGAUGACACAUCAGGGGAUUACAAGAGGACUCUGCUUAAUCUGUGUGGAGGAGAUGAUGACUUAGCUGGAGAGUUCUUCCCUGAAGCUGCUCAGAUAGCUUACAAGAUGUGGGAAACAAGUGCCAUGACCAAAGUCCAGCUGAGGCCAUCAGUCCGUGCUGCACCCAGUUUUGACGCUGCUGCUGAUGCACAAGCGCUGAGGAAAGCUAUGAAGGGAUUCGGAACAGACGAGGAUGCAAUCAUUGACAUUGUUGCACAGAGAAGCAAUGCUCAGAGGCAAGAGAUCAGACAGACCUACAAAUCCCUACUGGGAAGGGAUCUGAUGAAGGACCUGAAGUCUGAGCUGUCAAAGAACCUCGAGAGGCUGAUCAUUGGGCUCAUGUUCAACCCUGCAGAGUUUGAUGCCAAAAUGAUGAAGAAGGCAAUGGAGGGGGCUGGGACAGAUGAACACGCCCUGGUCGAGAUCCUGGUCACCAGGAGCAAUGAGCAAAUACUUGCCAUGAAUGCUGCUUAUCAGCAUGCCUAUAAGAAGUCUACGGAGGAAGCCAUUAAUUCAGACACAUCAGGCCACUUCUGCCGCAUCCUUGUUUCUCUCACACAGGGUGCAAGAGAGGAGGGCCCUGCAGAUGAGGAAAGAGCUGAAGCAGAUGCUCAGGAACUUGCCGAUGCGUGCAAUGCCGACUCUGAUGACAUGGAGAUUAAGUUCAUGAGCAUUCUGUGCACCAGAAGCUUCCCCCAUCUUAGGAGAGUAUUCCAGGAGUUUGUCAGAUACAGCAACAAGGACAUUGAACAGAUUAUCAAGAAGGACAUGUCAGGAGAUGUCAAAAAUGCCUUUUAUGCAAUAGUUCGCAGCGUGAAGAACCAGCCCUCUUAUUUUGCAGACCGUCUGUAUAAAGCCAUGAAGGGCCUUGGCACAGACGACAGAGCACUGAUCCGCAUCAUGGUGUCCCGUAGCGAGAUCGACCUUUUCAACAUUCGUAAAGAGUUCAAAGAAACACAUGAUGUUUCCCUCCAUGAAUUCAUCCAGGUAGAAACUAUGAUCGGUGAUACCUCAGGAGACUACCGUAAAACCCUACUGAUGCUCUGUGGAGGGGAAGAUUAAACGUGUCAAGACUCUGCAGCUCCGUUCAAAGACUUCAAUGAAAAAUCAUGACGAGACAAGCCCGAUCACAUAGUGAAACUGUGGUGGUUAAUGUCAGUAUCUGUUGUCAGUGUCCCUAAACUGCUGCUACUCCUCAGCCAAACCAAGUGACCUAUGACCUCCCAGCCUUCAAAGCCAGUCUUCUGCUCUCAUGUCUGAUCAUCCUGUCCAUCAGGAUGAUGUCUUUCUUUUUUUACAGAGUCAUAUGUAACAUGAAGAUGUUCACGUUGGUAUAGAAAUACAGCAAAUAGAAGUUGAAUAGUGCCUUCAGAUCCAGGCCGUCCAAUGAUUACUGUGAUUUUAAGGUAUCAUAUAGAUCGGAAUAAAAUGAUGAAAAAUACAAAGAAAUUAUGUUUU